AUGCAGCGGAGCGCAGUGAUCGUGGUGGCGGAUAAAACGAGCCUCAAAAGGCCGUUUAUCUUCGCAAACGCUGUGCAUAUGGGGCUGUGCUUCUUCAUGUUGACCAUGACAGUAGCGUGGCACAGAGACCUCAUCCAAACUGGCAAAAUGGUGUCCCAUGUGUCGGUGGUGAUAAUGUACAUCGUAGAGAUCGGCUGCCUGCUGCUCUCGGUGCUCGGCGUGUUUGGAGCCUGCCAAGGAAAGAGAUGGUGUUUGAUUCUGUACGCAGCUGGGAUGGCAGCAGCCAGUCAAACAAUAAUUGUUAGAACAGCACUAAGUUACCAAGAUGUUUAUGAGAAACGUGUGGUACGCGAGGAAACCAAGCUGCUGUCCAUGAUGCCGCUCACCACGACCAGCAAAGCCAACAGAACGCUGCUGAACAGUAUUCAAAAAGAGUUUGAAUGCUGCGGUCUUAUUGAAGGCUACAAAGACUGGGGUUCUUCAAUCCCUCCCUCUUGUAACUGUCAGUAUCCAGGAAAAUGUAUCCGACUACGGGGCAGCGCCACACUUGGGGCUCCGAAGAACCAGUAUGUUUAUCAAGAGCCCUGCCUACCGAUUUAUGUUUCCGAACUGAAGCUUGCAUUCUCAUUGGAGAUGGGUAUACAGUUUGGAAGUGGAGUGUUCUGGGUGGUUCUACUCAUCAUGAGUAUCAAGCUGAUGGGCCAGAUCAAGAGGAAACAGGAGUUCAUGGCUCUCCUCCAGUCCAACAGAUACGUCCCCGGUGCUUUCUAAGUCACCUCAUAUGUUUUAACAUCCACUUCAAGCAAGCCCUCGUUUGAAUUUGCACAUGAUGCUGUAUACCAUAACCUGGCUAAU